AUUUGCUCCACUAUCGCGUACAUUUGCCACCAGGCCCUCAAAGUUAAUCGCUUGAAUAGCACCAGCAGCAUGUAUCUGUAUGACGAUUCACUGAUGAGGCCUGCGAACAGCGAAGGCAGGCCUAUAAGUAGUAUUAUGGCUACAUACUGUCACGGGAAGGCACAACUGUUGAAGCAUGCAAGAUAUCGUACAGCUGGUUCGGCCUGUGCCGGUUGAUCUUUCAUUUGCGAUAAGAUAUCCCACUCCCUGGUCCAAACAACCUUCAGAGUUCAGAACUUCAGGCCCUGGAAGUUGAAUGCUUGGAGAUAUACAUCGCCUAAUUGUACAUAAGCCUGUAUACGCCCUGCUCUACGCCCAGACGCAACGCUUCUUGCUUUUUGUAGUCGCUGCAUCAGUAUGUCGGCCGUGGCAGUAGACAUGGCUCCAGUCGUUCAAGUCGGCUCAGCCAGCAAGCAACAGCUUGAACUUGGCGGAGCAGAUGUCCAAGAAGGCUCCGUCACAACCGAGUAUACAAAGGCCGAGUACAAGGAGCUUUUGAGAAAGAUUGACAGAACAUUGAUGCCCAUCAUGUGCGCCGUCUAUGCCAUCCAAUUCGUAGAUAAGACGUCCCUGUCGUACGCAUCAGUCAUGGGACUACGAACAGACACACACCUCAAGGGCAAUCAGUAUUCCCUUUUGGGAACCAUCUUCUACAUUGCAUACCUGGUGUUCGAAUAUCCAACCAAUGUUGCAAUGCAGAAGCUCCCUCUCGCACGAUACCUGGCCGUCAAUAUUGUCAUUUGGGGUGUCGUCUUGAUGACCACAGCAGCGUGCAAGAACUGGACCGGGCUCAUGAUCAAUAGAUGGUUUCUCGGCAUGUUUGAAAGUACAGUGACGCCCGGUUUUGUGCUCAUCACCAGUCAAUGGUACCGAAAGGAAGAACAGGCGCUCCGCAUUGGUGUCUGGUUUUCAUUCAAUGGUGUUGCAAUCAUGGUCGGUUCUGGCAUCGCUUAUGGCAUCGCAAGUCAUGUUGGACUCGACCCUACAGCAGCUCUUAAGGGCUGGCAGAUUCUCUUUGUUCUCUUUGGUGGACUCACUGUGCUACUCGGCAUUGCCUUCUUCUUCUUACUGCCGGAUAACCCCAUGACAGCUCGUAUGCUGACUGCCCCUGAAAGGCUGAUGGCCGUCGAGCGUCUCCGAUCCAACCAACAAGCUGUCGAGAACAAGAAUAUCAAAUGGUAUCAGGUCAAAGAAGCGCUCAGGGACGUCAACACUUGGCUCUACAUCCUCUUCUCCUUUGCCGCCAACGUGCCAAACGGGUUCAUUACCAAUUUUGGCUCCAUUCUCAUCACGAGUUUUGGCUAUACGAAUAGGCAGGCUCUCAUUCUUGGCAUGCCAACAGGCGCUGUCGAGGUGGUUGGUAUCCUUGGCUUUGCUUACAUGGCACACAAGACUGGUCAACGUCUGUACACAGCGGCUUUGUGCAUCCUUGUGUCCAUUGUCGGUCUCAUCAUUGUGGCAUGCACGAAUGGCGUUGCUGGUUUGUGUGGAUACUACCUCGUCUGGGUGUACCCUUGUACAACUGUCAUCAUUCUCUCACUCAUCUCGUCCAACACUGCUGGCUACACCAAGAAGACGACCACCAAUGCUCUUAACCUGAUUGCAUACUGCGUGGGCAACGCUGUUGGACCGAACGUCUUUAAGCCAUCCGACGCGCCUGGCUACUUCCCAGCCAAGGUCGUCAUGGUGGUCUGCUUCUUCAUCUGUUUUCUGGUGUUCCUCCUCAUUCGCUUCUUGAACGUGCGGGAAAAUGCAAGGCGCGACAGGCUUGCAGCUGCCGCUGCAGAAUCAGGGGAAAAGGAACACUUUGCAGACAAUAGGGACGCCGCCGAGCUGGACUUGACGGAUCGUGAAAAUCUGUCCUUUAGGUAUUGCUUGUAAAGUCAUGUUGUCGUAUUACCACGAUGUAGUGUCUAUAUGUUACACUCAUUUUAUGCCAAC